AUCCCGUUGAAAUACAGGUGAGUUUAGGCUGUGAGCGGCACUCUGGAGGGAGCCCCCAAAGCUCCCUCUGGGCAGCUUUUGAAGAAUCAGAUUUCCUAAGUUUCCAAAACACGACGUGGGUGCCAUUGCCAGAGGGGUCUGAUCGACUAUUGCUGGUUUGCCAUGUCUCUGGUUUCUACCCAAUGCCUAUUUGGGUAACAUAGGCAGAGCAACGAGACACUAAACAAGGUGAUAUUCUUCCUAAUGCUGAUGGAACAUGGUAUCUUCAGGUGAUCCUGGAUGUGGUGGCAGAGGAUGCUGUUGGCCUGUCAUGUCAAGUGAGGCACACCGGCUUAGGAGGCCAGAACAUCAUCGUCUACUGGGGACACCAUCUUUUCAUGAACUUGAUCGCCUUGGCAGUGAUGGUACCCCUGGUACUUCUGAUAGUCCUUGUGUUAUGGUUUAAGAAACACUGCUCAUAUCAGGACAUCUCAUGA